UAAAAACCUGGAUAGCACAGCAUGGGUCAAGCAAGACAGUCUUCAGUGGGUGUUCCGAAAGUAUAGAUGUGUAAACAUGUAUGCAGUACAUUUAAUAUUCAAUUUUAUUGAAUAAUUUACUGAAAAUACAUAUUCUAUUUUGUAAGAAUGGUAUUUCAGUUAAAUUUGCGAUUAGUGUCCUGUUUGCGACAAGGUCGGUUAAUCGCGAGAUAAGGUGGUGUUUAUAAUUGAUUGUUUAUUUAUGUUCGACAACGACGUUCGGUGAGUUGUUGUUCUUUUGUCUGUGCCUCUUUAUUUUACGUGUCGCGAUACAGGACAGAGGACAGAAUUAAAAAGUCAGAAUCUUCAGACCAGGUUGAAUAAUUCAUCGAUCGGGGGGUCGAAGUGGCAGGAUCAUUCGUUUCUUGGUCGCCGGUCUCUGAUGUUCUCCUCGUCCACGAUGCGGAGGUGUCGCGAGUUCAUAGCGAAAAUGUGCGACGCCACGACGGGCAUCCCGACGAAGAACGGUCUUCCGAUUUUGGGCACGUCCCUCUCGAUCAUCGCGUCGGGAUCCGCCCCCAAAUUGCACAAAUACAUCCACCGAAGGCAUGAGGAGUCGGGCCCCGUCUUCAGGGAGAACAUGGGCACCCACUCGGCCGUCUUCGUUUCCGACCCGGAAAUUAUGCGACUUAUCUUCUCCGUAGACGGCAAACAUCCUAGACAUUUUGUCCCCAGACCCUGGAGUUUAUUCAACGAAAUACACCACUCCAAAAGGGGCCUAUUUUUUAUGGAUGGCGAAGAAUGGCUGGCUCAUAGGAAACCGCUGAACAAACAUUUUUUAAAGAAAGACGUCAUAAAUAGAUUGAACGAUGUGCACACCGUUGUAGUCGAUGAUCUGAUCGGCCGUUUGAAAAAAUACGAGGGAGGUGAAAUCGAAAAUCUCAACUUCGAGUUGUAUCGGCAUUCCCUGUCUUUCGUAAUCGGCAGCUUACUCGGCUCCUCCUACAUCGAGACAAGGAAAGAGUAUUUCGACAAAUUGUCAGAACUGACGGAAAUUUUCAUUUCUAUUUUUGAAACCACUUCAAAAUUGAUGGUGACACCCGUCGACCUUGUUCAGAAACUUGGGCUACCGCCAUGGAAGAAAUUUGAAAAGGCAGUUAUGGAUUCGCUGGAGUCCAGUCGCGGAAUCGUGAAAAGAAUGAUUGUCCAGCAAUCACCCAACGGACUGCUGGAUAAAAUCAUGGAAGAAAUCAGCAAUUUUGAUCAAAUAGUCGCAAUCGUGGUCGAUCUAUUGAUCGCUGCCGGCGAUACGACAGCUAUUGCAAAUCAAUGGGCCAUUUAUCUUAUGGCCAAAAACAGGAUUUAUCAGAAAAAGUUGCUUGAAAACCCGGAAUUGAUAAGGGGCGUUUUCAGGGAAACGCUUCGCCUCUACCCAUCGGCGAUCUUCGUCACAAGAUACAUGCCCGAAGAUGUUACGUUAAAAGAUUAUACGCUCAAAAAAAAUGAUCUCGUUACACUGUCGCUUUACACAUCAGGCAGGAAUGGGGAAGUUUUUCCAGACCCAGAAACGUUUUUACCCGAGAGGUGGUUGCGCAGCAACGAGAAGCAGAAUAUCAAUCAGGCCAACAGUUUUUUACCUUUCGCCAUGGGUGUACGAUCUUGCAUCGGUGCCAAACUCGCGCAAGCUCAUAUCACGAUGACCAUCCAAGAGGUGACCAAAGCUUUUGACUUGACCCUGAAAGAAGAGGUCGAAAUGAUUCUCAAGUUAGUUCCUGUGCCGCAUAAACCAGUCAGAAUUCAAAUAAGUUCUAGGAAAAACAGUUAAUUGCAAUUAUUUGUUGCGAUGAAUGAUGAAUUCUCAUAUUUUUCAUUUAUAUUGUACUGAACAAUAAGAUUACUCUUUUUAUAGUAUUAACAUUUAACAUUUUUUAUUAUUUAGAUUAUUUUGUUUUUAGUUUGCGGAUUUUGUAGUGUUUUUAACUAAAUAUGAUUGUCUUGUGAUAAAUAAACUGGUUCGAAUUAAUUAAA